AUGGCCGGCGGUAAAAAGGGCAUAAGUAUUCUCAUUAAGCUAGUAAGCACUGCUGGCACAGGCUAUUUCUAUGUGAAGCGCAAGAAUCCUCGCAACCUCCCCAACAAGCUGCAGUUUGUUAAGUACGAUCCUAGAGUACGCCAGCACGUUCUGUUUACAGAGCAGAAGCUGAAGUAG